GGUUUUGUUGUUGUUGUUGUUGAACAAAAUCAUUAGCAUAGAUAGUAUGGUCUCGGUCUCUUCUUGAAAGUCCAAAAAUCAGCUAAAGUAAGAGGUUUAGUCAGUUUUACUAAAGAUUUGAUUGGGGGCAUUUGGAGCGCUGUUUUGUUGCGGGAGGAGGGAGGGACGAGGCAACCGCAUAAUAAAUGAUGAUUGGCUAAAGCAGAGUAAGCUUCAUGAUAAGCCAAUCGGAGUCAGCAAAUCACAAACACACAACCAUCUCACGCACCCUGAAUUAGCAGAGGUAAGCGGCUGCAAUGGAGGGAAAGUUGGCGUUUUCAAAAUGGAAACACAAUCCCCUACAGGUAAAAGACACGAAUGUACAUGGGAAGUGAACUUUAUGUCUCGGAGUGAAGUGUUGGUCCACGUCAGUUGGAACUAUAAUCUAAAGAAGCGUCUCUCAGGUGAAUUAAGCCAGAAGUAGCAUUAGCCGUUUGUUUUGGAAAUAAUGAUUCAGUGGGUACGGCAGAAAGGCACAGAGGAGGGUUCAUCCAUGUUUCUCUGAACACCCAAGAUGCAACACUCCCAGUAUUCCCUCUGAUGUACUGACAGUGGAGUUUAUUCAUUCGUUUUCCAUAAACAUGGACGUGAGCACAGGUCCACGGAGUCUCAUUCGUCUUCUGAGAAAAAAAAAACCGUCUGCGUUUGGUUAAAAUGUAAUUUUAUUCUGAGUUCUCACCUAGCGUCCAACGUUGGUACUGUUAUGAAAGCAUAUGUUUUACUUGUGUGGUCUUAAAACUCAACAAUUUUACCCUUAAUAUUUCCGAACUUUCUCCAUUGGCACUCACCGCCGCCAUUUAAAUUAUUAUGGUCAUAGUUUUAUUCUGUAAGUCCAUUUACUGUAGCUCAUCUAUUAUUAGGGACAGCACAGCAUUUCAAAAAGUGAGGAAAGAUUCAAAGAUGAGAUAUAACUCUGUACAGUCCAUCAACUCUAAAACAUUAUUAAAACCCCGAGAACAUUUCAGAGCUAGGCACUGCACUGCAUCAUCAAAUACUGCCAUAUCAAGUACCAGGCUGACGAGUAUUAUUUUUAUUCUUUAGUGUCACUAAUACCUACCACAGGAUGUACAGUAUUACAGAGUGCGUCCUGUCAAGACCGAGGCAAUGUGGUGGCCCUAAACACAUCAUGAUUAUAGGGUCAAAGCAACGUCCUAGUGCAAGCAAACGCAGUAUGUUUUAUUUUCCAAAGUAUUAUGAGUUUGUUGUAUUCACUUCGUCUGUUGUCGUUGCACUUCUUACAGUACUACUGAGCACUACCUCCUAAGUUGUCUUUUUGAGUCCGAUAUUAAAAUGUUUUUUUAAGGUAAAAUCCAAUUCUUAAGAUUUUUAAAUUCAUGCUUUAGAGUACUUAAGUAAAAAACAAACAAACUAAAACAAAACAAAAACGUGUAUUUGCUGUGGUGUACAGACACUGUUUUUCUACCCAGGCGCGUAACUCUUCUCCCAGAAUGCUGCUGUUAACGUGUCCACAACUCCAUGCACGAAAGGGUUAAAUAGGUACCACCCCAGUUUGAAGAGCGGCUGCUUGGAGCUUAGUUUGGAUGGUGCGCUGCAGAGCUCGAGGAUGCGUCGUGCGUCCGGAGAACUUCAGAGCAAGGCAGCGACCAGUACCACACUGAGGAGCAAUGCUAGAUCAAAGGUUAGCGGACAGAUUUAGCAGCUAAUGACGGAUCGUUGACAGCAAUUGAGGUGUGCUGCGUCUCCAAGCUGGUGGAUAUCGCCUUCAUGGAAGGGGAGGGGAGCACGGCAGAGAACCCCAGCAACGCUGCCGAGUAUCUCCAGGAGCUGAACAGGAUCAUCCAGAGCCAGCAGGAGCUGCUGGAGAAACAGAGGGGUCGGAUCGAAGAUCUGCAGCUCCAGGUGACGAGUCUUUGCACGGAAAACGCGUGUCUAAAGGAUGAGCUCCAGCAGCAUCUCACCAGCUGCCGACUCCAUCACUGUAGCUCGGGGGCCGUCACAGAGAAUGUCACACAGGAAAAACGAUAUGCCAUAGAAGUCUCAGACCCAACUGCUCCUCCUCCCAGAAGUCUCCCUGGUGGAAAAUGGAGUUCUGCAUCCUUUGGUGGCAAAGAAGCCGGGGUGUCUCAAACAGUGUCAGCACAACACCCAGUCUGGGUUGCAGGCCACUCUAAUGAGCUCCCCUGAGUGGUUAGCAGGCGGACGGAGAAUGCAUUUUUCUCUCACUCAGCGUGUCUGCCUCUAAUUGGUGGAGGAAGAGAGACGUUGGAAGGCUGGAGGAAAUACUUUGGACAACAUACAGGAAGAAGAAAAAAAUCGGAUACCCCUCCACCCUUAUUAAAACAUGCCUCAGGAUCACCUCUGUCAACUGGUCAUUGAAGCUUGAGGAAAAAGUGUACGUGUUAUAGCUUGUAAAAUAUGUUAAACUUGAUAUUUGAGAUGUACCACAUAUAUCUCAGGAAUUGAAGUAAUUAGACUUAAAUCAAAUUAAAUAACUAUAAUAAAUAAAGCAACAACUAUUUUUGUUGCAUCUGUUAUAGUCUAAGGACAUUAAUACUAAAACCGGUCGCGUUCUAAGUAAUGCCUCUAAAUCCCAGCGACGUUUGUACAGCCUGGAGUUGAGCUAAAAGGGGACACCACCUGUCAGGAGGAGCCACGAGUAUGAAAUCCCAUUAGCAGUAAUCCUAUAGGCCCAGUGGUCAGACGACAGUUACUGGUCCCUGCUCUUGUGUUUGGAUGUCCUGGCACUGCCAACAGUUGUGUUAACCAAUCAGUCAUCAUUGCAGCAGGCCUGGAGGGGCUACAGCAUGGAGGGACCAGGACCACUCACACACUUCCUCUUGGGUGAAUAGAAAACAAACUUUUUAGUGAAAUGUGACUCAUCAGCAGCAGUUUACAGUCGGGAUGUUUCUGCUUCUGUUCAUCUGGCUGUGGUUUCUGCUUGAUUCAGGAAAGCUGUAGAAAAUAAAGCUAACGUGACGUCAGGUGAAUAUGGAAGUUAUAUCGCAGUAGGAAUUUGAUACUCAAAGAUGUAUUGAUGACAGUGACGUUUACUGACAAUAUGGACACGAGGAUAUAUGAUUGGCAGGUUGGCAUCUGCCUUUGAACUGCACACACACACAAAACGAUGUCAGUAAGUUGUUAAUGUCUAGUCAAACGUUGGCGUUUUGGCAGAACGUAUUGUGAAAAAGAUGUUUGUUGUUGGUGUGAAGGUAAUCUGUGAGCUGGGUUUAGAUCACUCAGAUAAUGUUUUCAAACUCAGGUUUUAAUCAGCCAAUAUGACUUUGUUUUGCCUGCCGUCAGAUCAGCAGUCUUUGUGUGUAGUCUGACACUUCUUGGAUUAUUUUAAUUCUUGAACUUGGACUAGAGAUUAUUAUUAUCUCCAUCUGAAAACAGCAUUCCUACCGUAGUGUCAAGAGACCUGAAGAAUUGAAUCAGAG